AUGUUAGCUUUCCUCGCUCUCCUAGCGGCCCCCGCCCUCGGUCUUACUCUCCCCCUCAAUAUUCGCACAAACAUCGGUAACUGCCCGUUGAACGGUCUCACUGUUCCAUUGCCCACCGAUCAGACCGCCUUGACUGUACCUGCCGGUCAGAGGUUGAUGUAUGUUGCCUUGGGUAGAGGUAUCCAGAACUACACAUGCUCUGCUGGAGCCUACGUCACCGCCGGUGCUCUCGCCAACUUGUACGACGCUUCCUGUCUCUUCAAGACCGGUCAAGCCAUCGCCAACGUAUCCACUAUCAGUAAAAUUUUGCCCGAAAUAGCAUACGAGAUCGUCAAUUAUCCCGACACGGCAAGUCUUCCGACCCUAAUGCGUCAUCAAUUUGUGUCAACGCCGAGUGGUCUAUCACCCGAAUUUUUGAAAUCGGAUAGCAAAGCCUUCGUUAUCGCGUCCAAGACGGCAUCUCUCAAUGCACCCACCGAUCCUGUCAAUGACGUCCCUUGGCUUCAACUCACUGAAGCUUCAGGUUCACUCGCUCAGACUAUCUUCCGUAUGGACACUGUCAGGGGAAACCCUCCUACGAGUUGUACUGAGGAAGGGCAAGCGCUGAGCGUUCAAUACAGCGCCAUGUAUUAUUUCCUCAACUGA